AUGCCACUCAGUAACAAUACUGUUAGAAGAAUAGAUGAAAUGAGUGAAGAUAUUGAAACACAAUUUGUUGAAAAGCUGAAAUCAAGAAAAUUUUCAUUACAAAUGGAUGAAUCAACUCUAAGAGACAGUGAAGUUGUAUUACUAACCUAUGCAAGAUAUAUUGAUAAAGGUGAAAUUGCUGAAGAAAUGAUAUUCUGCAAAUCAUUAGAAUCCACCAUUGAUAUAUAUGAUAAGCUAAUAAAUUACCUGGAUGUCAACAAUAUACCAAUAGAGAACAUAACAUCUUGUGCUGCAGAUGGUGCUCCUGUUAUGAUGGGCAAGAAAAAAGGCUGCUCAAAAUUGAUGAAAGAUGAGAACAAAGAAAUGCUUCUUGUGCACUGUGUUAUUCAUAGAGAGAGCUUAGUAUCCAAAAAUAUGUCUCCUGUUCUCAAUGAGGUACUAAAAUCAGUUAUAAAAUGUGUCAAUGCUAUCAAAACUAAUGCCAAAUGCGAACGUCUUUUCAAGCAGUUUUGUGAAAAUGCAGACUAUGUGAGACUUUUAUCUCACACUGAGCAUUUGUCGAAAUCAAGUGUGAAAAACAGCAUCCAUUAUGUGGCAUUUGUUUCCAUUGAUGGAUUUCUGAAAGCUUGUUUGAUGCAUUCCACAUUUUCUGGAGUCCAUACCGUUCGUGGUGCUCCCACUGGUCUCCUAUUAAUUUGUGUACCUCAUGUACGAAGUGCAUUCACCCAACGUAAGAUUGUGUUAUGGGUGGGAACAACCUGA